UGGUCUUUACCAAACUGUAAUCUGCAAAAUUAUUCUGUUUAUACUUUGGUUUAUAUUUAACUGCUUUUGUACAUUUACAAAGGAAUUUAUCUAAGCAUCUAGAGCAGACGUGAUGACUGUUAAUGAAACCGAGACUAUGAAUGUGUUUCUCUGCUAUCCACUCCAGCCGGACUCCUGUCUGAAAGUACCUCGUUAUGUCGUGGUUAAAGUUGCAAUGUAUGCUUUCUUGGUGCUGAUGAUCCUCACAACAGUUUUUGGGAACCUGCUGAUCAUCAUCUCAGUCUCUCACUUCAAACAGCUUCAGUCUCCAACUCAUCUGAUCGUUCGCUCUCUGGCUGCCAGUGACUGUCUGCUGGGCUCUUUGGUCAUGCCGUACAGCAUGGUGCGAUCUGUUGAAGGCUGCUGGUAUCUUGGAGAUUUUGUGUGUAAAGUUCAUUCUAGUUUGGACAUGACCUUUUGUAUCUCCUCAAUACUACAUCUCAGUUUAAUAUCUGUUGACAGGUACUGGGCCAUUUGUGACCCUCUGAGGUACAGAAUGAGGGUCUCAAACAACACUGUGACUGUUUUUACAACCUUCAUUUGGCUGUUUUCUUUUCUCUACAGUUUUUAUGUUGUGUUUUCAGGUGUGCACAAAAUUGGUUUGGAAUUGUUCAUCAUGCAGUUUUAUUGUGUGGGAAGCUGUGUUUUAGUUUUUAACAAGCAAUGGGGUAUUAUAUGUCCAAUUCUCACGUUUUUCCUUCCUGGGGCAAUCAUGAGCUCUCUGUAUAUGAAAAUCUUCUAUGUUGCACGAAAACAUGCGAAGGUUAUAUCAGAAAGAGUUACUGGAGGGUCUGCUCACACAGAGAGAAAAGCCGCUAAAACUCUCGCUAUUGUCAUGGGUGUUUUUUUGUUCUGCUGGCUGCCGAAUUUUACUGCUGCAGCUCUUGACCCUUUUUUAAAUUUUUGGACCCCAGCUGUUGUUUUUGAUGCUUUGAUUUGGUUUGCAUAUUUCAACUCGACUUGUAACCCCUUGAUUUAUGGAUUUUUUUACCCUUGUUUUCAGAAGGCCUUUAAGAUUCUCAUAUCCACUUAUUUCUGUGGCAUCAAACAUUCUAACACAUUGAUAAUUGAAUGA